GCGUCGUUCUCACUCCCAGACAGCAAGCAUGGCGUUUUACAACAAUUCUGCAAAUCCUGCGUACUUUCAGCCGCAAUAUGGGCAGGACGCUAUAGGAAUGGCUCCUACGGACACUGCUAUGUACGUAGACGACACCCAGGGUGAACAGCUGUCGAAAGGUUGGCUUGCUGCCUUUUCGACCUCAGGUUAUCCCGGCGAACAGACGCUUCUCGAGGAACUUGGAAUUAAUUUUGGUCACAUUAAGCAAAAGACAAUGACGGUGUUGAACCCAUUCCGUUACGUGGACACACACAUUAUGGACGAUACGGACCUCGCUGGCCCUGUUUUAUUUUGUCUCCUGUUCAGUACUUUCCUUUCGCUGCAUGGUCGCUCACAUUUUGGUUAUAUUUACGGAGUCGCCUUGUUGGGUUCUUGCAGUCUGCACAUUGUCCUACGUCUAAUGUCUCCCAAAUCACUCAGCUUCCUCCGUACAGUGAGUGUCUUGGGUUACUGUUUGCUGCCGUUGGUAAUGGUUGCUUUCGGCCGAGUGUUGAUUGAUUUUAAUAGUUUGUUUGGUUAUAUUUUUACGGCCAUUUCAUGUGCUUGGUGCACCUAUGCAGCAAGCGUAAUGUUUGUCGCUAUCCUCCAACUCUCAGACAUGCGAUUUUUGGUUGCUUAUCCUGUGUUCCUGUUUUAUGCCGUGUUCGCCGUCAUGACGGUCUUUUCCAACUAGCAUUCCUUUUUUAUGAAUGCUACGGAUAACAAAAAACUAUGGUGAAUGGAUAUCUUGCAAAAAAAACCUAUUCUCCUCCCCUCAGUCCGUAAAACCACUUUACACACACUUUUUUGCCGAUUCUGUUUUUCUUAUGUUUUUUUUUUUAUUUCAUUAAACUUGUGUUUGCACAUGGUAACAGAUAACCAACUUUACUGGUCUAUGCAAAGUUGAGUGUCUCUCUCUACUCAAACUCCUUGUCGACGGCACCACUGGCAACGGUUUCGUACGCUCUUCCGACGUGACUGACGAGGUCGGUAGCGAGUGUCGCACGUUUCUUUUCCUCAAAAGCGAAACGACUGCACAAACGCGUGCUUACGCAUGCACCAAAUGCAGCGAGAAGCAGACAUUCGCGUGGGCCCAUCUCGCCCUCAGUCUUCCAUUCGUCAUCUAAGUACAUACGUCUCCAGGCCAAGAAGGCAGCUAAAAUGCCCGUCAUCACAUCACCCUGGCCUCCGCAACGCUUCAGACCGCCUCUGAGGGUACAAGUGAACGUGGUAUCGCCGUCGGAAAUCGUGUCGUGCAAGCCUUUGCGGAUAAUAACCACAUUCAUCUUGCGUGCCAAUACUGCACAGGGAUCUUCUUCUUCGAGUGAAACGUUAAGACGGUCGCACAACCUCUUGAACUCAAUGACGUUUGGAGUAAGAACGACGUUAUGGUAACCCGAGACGAGCUCAGGCUUCUGUUGGAUGAGGAACAAGCCGUCAGCAUCAAUUACCAUGGGCAUGUUUUGUUGUCGAGCGUAUGUGAUGAUACGCUCCAUCGUAGCCAGCAUCCAUUCAUCACGACCAAGACCAGGACCGAUGACAAUUACGUGCAGACGCUUCAUUAUGGGCUUUACGAGGUCCAAAAUUUUGUCGAUGUUGUCUUGUGGUCCAGCUGUUGCUUUUUCAAGCAAGAAAGGAUGCACGAUCAAAUCGGGCGAGUAGCUCUUAAUUACGUUGGCGGCUUUCUUUUCACACACAAUAUGGCUUUGAUCACAACCGAAAAGCAUGCUUGAAAUGGAGGAAUAAUACGGAGCUCCCGUAUAAUGUUGACAGCCGCCGAAGACGCCAACUCGUCCUGCCUGUCCCUUAUGGAACGUUUCCAACAACGGAGGAAUCAUUUUUCUGAGGCGGUCCAGCAGAACCAGAGCAUCUUUUUGAGGCGCCUUCAUCGUUUUAAAUGACCUGUUUAUAUCGGGGAUCAGCUUCAAAUUUGAACUUGACUUUACAGUGUGAAAUCACUUAGUAGAGAACAGCCGAACCACGAACCCACCAAAAGACACAUACGCCCAAGGUCUGCCGACAACGUUACAUCAUCCGUUCGCGGAGGUGCGGGGACUUGUCGGUAUGACGUAGGCGAAAUUAAAGUCGAGAUUAACUUCGCUUAGCCGCAAUUAUCGCUGGGGAAGGUUAAAAAAAAACAGAACAGCAGCAAUUGCAUGCGAACCUGGCGUAAAACACACGCGGGAAACAUAGAAGCGACACCAAUGCGUGCGAUGGAAUGCAUCCCCUUCAGUUAAAGUUAAAUCAGAUUCACCCGCGUCUUUAACAAGCCACCGUUGAAGUUUCUCAUAGCCGUGUGCUUCUUGCGAGGCAACUGCAACCGCCGGAAUGCUUCCAUGACAUGACACACUUGAAGGGGUGUGCGUUCUUCCGUUAAACCGUCGAACAGGUACCGCUCUUUGCGGCGUUUCGUCUGGUGAGCUAGACUGCCGUUUUCGUUUUGUAACUGAUCCAUACGUUGCUUCACGGCCAAAGCCUCCUCAAUAAGCGUCGCGACGAUCUCGAAGGUCAGAAAGCCCAAGAUAUCGACGAUAUCGUCGUUUGGCCGCGUUUCCGUCAACAAGGCCAUUCCACACCACUCUCGAAACCGCUUACCUUUACGGUAUGUGAAACUGGCCUGCCGACACUCACUCCAGUGAACAUAUUCUUCUCGUGUCAUUUGUCGUGUCCGUUCAUCGGCCAUUCGAAGCCGUUCUCGUGUGGCGGAUGCCGCCUCUGCCAUUUCGUUAUCUUCUUCAUAGUCCUCAGGGUCAGGAAUGGGCUCGGGAAACAUAAACUUGAUCUCCCAUGGCAAAGUGACAGGUGCUUUUCGGAUUUUCGUGCGGAGAUCUGCAUCCUCUAGCAAUUCUUUUGUGUCGGUAGCGUUGGCGUCCUGUUCUUUUGCGUUCUUUCGCACGUCCUUCCACGACAGGUAAUUCUUCAAACGGUUUACCUUAGCCUUGUCGUGCCGGAUUAGGAAGAACAGAUCCUCCACCGAGAUGGAUCGCGAUCCUCGGCGCAGAGCCAGUUCAUUUGCUUGAAUCAACAUUUCCAUGACUUGACCACGAAUUAAUUCCUCCACCAACACCGUCGUUUCUUGGAGGGGAUCCUGCACCUCCCCCAAAAUAAACAUCAUCUGCUGGAUUUCCACCCGAUAUUUGCUCAUUUUGACUUUAGUGUUGGUUGCGCAACGUUUUGCGUUUAAGUUCGUUCACUGUACCUAAGAAAAACAGUAUUGAUGAAAGUAAUGGCAGGAUGAAAUUUGCUCUGAAAAACCUACGAAUGCAAGUGGGUUUUCUUCUUCUAAUACUCAAAAACUGAGCUGUUUUGACGUUUAUUGUAAAACUCCGAGUUUUCCUUUUCAUCACCUAGUGACUUUAUGGUGGUGAGUCUAAAAGGAAAAUAAAGUUUUCGGUUCAACAAACUGUAAAAUUAAGCUCAAUAAGGUUUGGCAAUCUAUGGAGCAAUGAGCCAAUCAAUAGCAUCCAUUGCUCCUAUAAAAUUCGUAUCAGAUGAACGAUAUGACGUUUAAUUCAUCCAAGAUCAGAUAACUUAGGCUACAGCGUCUGCUGGCACUUGCCAAGAACCAAAACAUA